AUGGCAUUGAUAUCGACGGAACCUCCUAUUGAUCCACAGCAAAACUUCUAUGACCAAGAUUUACAGGAUCUAAGCAUCUUAUGGAGUGGAAUGGAUGCAAGCAUAUCUCUGGAAGGGUACUUCUCCACGGGAUUCGGAGUCCCAACUGAGCUUAUCUCGUUGCCUGAGUUUGAUAUACCAGGAUCGGCGAAUUCUGCAUUAUCGGGGCCACUAGUCCAUGAAAUGCCAUACGAAGCAAAUUCUGAAUGCCCUGUUUCAGACGAUGAUGCAUCUUUAUGCAACUACCAACUUCCGUCUCUUCAGCAAAAUGACGACAGCAGUUCUCAAGAUCAAGAAAGGCGUCACAAUAUUCAAGACAUCCCCUUGAAACGAUGUGUUGACCUCCCUUUGAGCUAUCCAUGGCGAAUUAGCAGGGAGGAUUAUCAGGAGAUUAUUACUCGUAUUGAGAGCUUUCAAUACCUUCUGCCGAACUCUUUCACCUUUCCUUCAAAAUACGUGUUUUGCCGAUAUGUUGAGGGCUACUUCACCGGAAGCCAUGCGCAUUUGCCAUUUUUACACCUGCCUACUGUUAAGGUUGCCCAAUUGAUAUCACCAUUAAUCCUUGCAAUUAUGGCCAUGGGAGCACAGUACAGAUUUGAGCGAGACCGAGCCCUGUCCUUUUACCGUGCCUCGAAAGCAUUGAUUGAUCGCCAUAUCAGCGUAUAUUCCCAAUCAAAUUCUCUGCACAGCCCUGGGUCGCAAACAGAAUAUAUGGAUGCCACAGAGAAAGAGCAAUUUGAAAUUUUGCAAUCCCAAAUAAUUCUUACGACACUGGCUACCUGGGGUUAUAAGGACCUACUGCAGGAUUCUGUCACAAUGGCAGAUCAUAUGUCUCUCUAUCUUCGCAACAGCGAAUUGCUCUUACAUGAUCGCCAUUCGACUGAGCAAUCCUGGGAAGUGUGGAUUCUACAAGAGGGGCAAAGGCGCACGAAGCUUAUUGCUUAUACGCUUUCCAAUAUCCAAACAAUCCUAUUUAACAUGCCCCCGAAGAUUUUAAAUAGCGAAAUUGCCUCACUUUAUCUCCCUUGGCCGGAUGAGCUUUGGGCCGCCUCUAGCGCACAAGAGUGGCAGGCUCUUCACUCAAAGCGACCAUCCUGCGUUUCAUUUCGUGACGGGUAUUCUCGGCUUUUUCAAUCCAGAACAUCGUCCCGAGAACGUAUCAGUUUGUCUUCAUUUGGAAACCUGCUACUAAUCCAUGCUCUCUUUCAGCACAUAUAUCUGGCAUGGGAAUCUGCAUUUUGCCUUGGGACCUCCGAAUCAGAGCAACCCUUUUCCUUGCCACAGGAACUCCGCACACAACUCUAUACAGCACUAAAGCGGUGGCAAAGCAGCUGGGAGACAAGCUCAGAUCCUUCGACAAUUCCAUCAUCACCCAAAGGCCCGCUGGGAUUCAAUGCGACAGCAAUCUUUCGCAUAGCGUGCCUCCGGGUGCACUUGAACCUUGGCCCCCACCGCAACAUAUGCACCUGGGAUCCAGAAGCCAUUGCAGCCGCAUUCUCCAAUGCACCACGGCCCAUCCAAACCCCACAAGUCUAUCACGCGGUGCUUCAAUCCAUACAUUCCCUUUCCAUUCCGGUGCGACUUGGCGUGGAGUAUGUCGCCAAGACACAGGCCUUGACAUGGAGCACUAUUCAUUCGCUUUGUAACUUGGAAUGUGCAUUGUUUCUAUGUAAGUGGCUUGAAGCGCUUGCGAUGGAACAGAAAGACUUGCAUCGUGAUACAAGACGCCUUCUCAGAAUCAUCAAUAGCGUGCUGUGUGAAGCAGACCUGAGCCCGUCAGAGGAUAAUACCGAAGAGAUUGGAAGUGAUCAAUUACGGCAGAUGGGUGCAGUCUUGAUUCGGCUAUUGUCUGAUAUCUUGAACGGCACACAUGUGUUUCCGAUGAUGGAUGUAUUCUGUCAGGCGCUCCGAGCUUACGCUGAUAAACUGACGGAUGGUCUUCGCUCCUACAUGCCGGAAUAA